AUGUCUUCUACAUUAAUUGAACAAUUUAAAACAAAUCUAAUUCAUUAUAAUCUAUGGAAUAAUGUUAAAAUACAUAAUGAUUUAAUAAUAUCAGGUAUACCCAGCACUAAGUUAGUCUCCACCGAUGAUUCAAACCAAAUUGAAUGGAUUAUGUGUAUUGAUAAACUUGGGUUUGGUAAAGAAUUAUCAAUUAAGAUUAUAAAUUCUUGGUUUAAACAAGUUCAAAGUCUAAAUAAUAACUUUAGACCAAGUAGGAUUACAAUUGGUAUAAUGAAUGAUGAUGGUACUAUUGUUUAUUAUUUUGUUUAUGAUGGUAUAACUAAACCAAGACAAAAUUAG